GACAGACUGACAGACACGUAGACCGACAGUACGGCCCCAGGGUGCGUCCCCAGACUCGCUCGCUCAGACGGUGGCGACUGGGGGCUCGGCGCCGCGAAGCCCGAUGUGGUCCGGAGGCAGUGGGAAGGCGCGGGGCUGGGAGGCCGCGGCGGGAGGGAGGAGCAGCCCCGGCAGGCUCAGCCGCCGCCGAAUCAUGUCGAUGAGUCCAAAGCACACGACUCCGUUCUCAGUGUCUGACAUCUUGAGUCCCCUGGAGGAAAGCUACAAGAAAGUGGGCAUGGAGGGCGGCGGCCUCGGGGCUCCGCUGGCGGCGUACCGGCAGGGCCAGGCGGCGCCUCCGGCCGCGGCCAUGCAGCAGCACGCCGUGGGGCACCACGGCGCUGUCACCGCCGCCUACCACAUGACGGCGGCAGGGGUGCCCCAGCUCUCGCACUCCGCCGUGGGGGGCUACUGCAACGGCAACCUGGGCAACAUGAGCGAGCUUCCGCCGUACCAGGACACCAUGCGGAACAGCACCUCCGGUCCCGGAUGGUACGGCGCCAACCCAGACCCGCGCUUCCCCGCCAUCUCCCGCUUCAUGGGCCCGGCGAGCGGCAUGAACAUGAGCGGCAUGGGCGGCCUGGGCUCGCUGGGGGACGUGAGCAAGAACAUGGCCCCGCUGCCAAGCGCGCCCCGCCGGAAGCGCAGGGUGCUCUUCUCCCAGGCACAGGUGUACGAGCUGGAGCGACGCUUCAAGCAACAAAAGUAUCUGUCGGCGCCGGAGCGGGAGCACCUGGCCAGCAUGAUCCACCUGACACCUACCCAGGUCAAGAUCUGGUUCCAGAAUCACCGCUACAAAAUGAAGCGCCAGGCCAAAGACAAGGCGGCACAGCAGCAGCUACAGCAGGACAGCGGCGGCGGUGGCGGCGGUGGAGGCGGGGGCGCCGCGUGUCCCCAGCAGCAACAAGCCCAGCAACAAUCGCCGCGCCGCGUGGCCGUGCCGGUCCUGGUCAAAGACGGCAAACCGUGUCAGGCCGGCGCCCAGGCGCCGGGCGCCGCCAGUCUCCAAGGCCACGCACAGCAGCAGGCGCAGCAGCAGGCGCAGGCGGCACAGGCGGCUGCCGCGGCGAUCUCCGUGGGCAGCGGGGGAGCGGGCCUGGGCGCACACCCGGGCCACCAGCCCGGCAGUGCCGGCCAGUCUCCGGACCUGGCGCACCACGCCGCCAGUCCCGCGGCGCUGCAGGGCCAAGUCUCCAGCCUGUCGCACCUGAACUCUUCUGGCUCGGACUACACCGCCAUGUCCUGCUCCACUUUGCUAUACGGUCGGACCUGGUGAAAGGACGCCCAGACGGCCCCAGCCUCACCGCUUCCCCUGCUCGCCACACAAACCACCACCAUUCUCUCGCUGCUCCACGCGCUUCGACUUUUCUUAAGAACCUCUCCCCGUUUAGGCCAAGGGGAGAAGAGGGGGGAAAAAAACCCACAAAGGCCAAACUGCUGGACAUCUUGUCUUUUUUUCCCCUCUAAAAUUUGUUAAUUUUUUUUAAAAGAAACUAAAAAUCAUCAAACAAAUACAAUUCCGUAAGGAGUCUACAAACAGUUUUGGGGGAUUCUUGACGGUGAUUUUAAGUGGGUUUCCCACUCUGGGAUGGGACGCAGAUUGGAGAGGGUUCUGUGCUGACAUGGCCCUGGACAUUGUGCCAGCAAAGUGGACUCGCUUGUAAAUACCAGGAUUCUUUUUUAGAAGAGAAGACAGGGGCUGGGGAGAAAAACGACUCUUCGACAUAACCCACUUGUCGCUGACACAAAGGAAAUGCCACCUUCCCAGGGGCCCGCAGCCCGUCUAGGUUCAACCAACAUGGCCUCUGUGAAAAUUGUUUUAUGUCCGAUGUGAACUUGUAGCUGUAAAACGCUGUCAAAAGUUGGACUAAAUGCCUAGUUUUUAGAAAUCUGUACAUUUUGUUGUAAAAAAAAAAAAAAACAACAACCCUACUCUUUGAACCCAGCCCCUUACAUUUUUUAUGGGCAUUGACAAAUCUGUGUAUAUUAUUUGGCAGUUUGGUAUUUGCGGCGUCAGUUUUUUUCUGUUGUAACUUAUGUAGAUAUUUGGCUUAAAAUAUAGUU